AUGGAUGCUGCUACAAGUGCUGCUCCUUUGCACAUAGCAAUAUUUCCAUGGUUUGCUAUGGGACACUUCACCCCUUAUCUUCACCUCUCCAACAAACUAGCAGAGAGAGGGCACAGAAUAUCCUUCAUAGUCCCACAAAGAACACAAACCAAACUACACCACCUCAAUCUUAACCCUCAUCUCAUCACCUUUGUCCCCAUCAAACUUCCUCAUGUUCAUGGCCUUCCCCACCAUGCUGAGACCACUUCAGACGUCCCCUUCUCUUUAUUUCCACUUAUCGCCACCGCCAUGGAUUGCACACAGAAGGACAUUCAACUUCUCCUCAGGGAUCUCAACCCAAACAUUGUUUUCUUCGAUUUCCAACAUUGGCUACCCAGCUUGACUCGGAGCCUAGGCAUCAAGAGUGUCGCCUACCUCAUAGUUCACCCAUUAUCAGCAGCAUACCUUGGAAACGGACCAAGACGAAGCCAAGGAAGAGAGUUAACUGAACUUGAUCUUAUGGAACCGCCUCCGGGGUUCCCUGAUUCAUGCAUCAAGUUUCAGUCACAUGAACUUCGGUUCCUCGCUGAAGUAAGGAAACUCGAGUUUGGAAGUGGUGUCCUCCUGUACGAUCGGGUACACAAUAGUUUCUGCUCGGCGGAUGCAAUUGGAUUCAAAGGUUGCAGAGAAAUUGAUGGGCCAUAUGCGGAUUAUCUUGAAACUGUGUUUGGGAAGCCUGUUUUUCUUUCGGGGCCACUUUUACCUGAGCCACCGAACACUAGUUUAGAGGAAAAAUGGAUUUCAUGGCUUGGGGGAUUAAACCCUGGUUCUGUUAUUUUUUGUGCAUAUGGAAGCGAAAGCCAGUUAUCAGAAAAUCAGCUUCAGGAGUUGUUGCUUGGUCUUGAAUUAACUGGUUUUCCUUUUCUUGCAGCACUUAAGCCCCCUGAUGGAUUUGAGAGUAUUGAAGAAGCUCUGCCGGAAGGAUUUGGAGAAAGGGUUAAAGGAAGAGGGAUUGCAUAUGGAGGUUGGGUGCAGCAGCAAUUGAUUUUGGGACACCCUUCUGUUGGGUGCUUCAUAACACACUGUGGAGCUUCUUCUGUGACAGAAGCGCUUGUUAACAAGUGUGGGUUGGUGCUGCUACCACGACUUAGUAGUGAUCAUAUCAUGAAUGCAAAGAUGAUGAGUAUGAUCUUAAAGGUUGGAGUGGAAGUGGAGAAAGGUGAAGAAGAUGGAUUGUUCACAAAAGAAAGUUUAUGCAAAGCUGUGAAAACUGUUAUGGAUGAUGAUGGCAAUGAGAUUGGCAGAGAAGUCAGAAAAAAUCAUGCCAAACUCAGGAAUUUCUUACUCAGUGACAAUCUGGAAUCCUCAUGUCUUGAUACUUUCUGUCAACAGCUACGAGAUCUUUGUAAUGAUUCCCGAAUUUGA